CAGCCACCAGCAGCUAAACACAGAGGCGGUUGCUAGGAGACUGUGGAGUUGGGGCAGCGCUGCAUAAUGCCAGCAUGGCGCUUGUACUACCCCCUGUUGGUUCAGAGAUCUUCAGACGAUUCACACCAUCCUCGCUGGAGGAAAUACAAAAACGACAGGAAGUGGAGGAGAAGGAGCGCCAGAGGAGGAAGGAGAAGAACAUUGAGAUUGCAGAGGAAGAUCUUCCUAAACCAGCCAGCGAUCUCGAGGCUGGGAAGCCCCUGCCAUUCAUCUAUGGAGACCCGCCCCCUGAGCUGUUUAACACCCCAUUGGAGGAGCUGGAUCCCUUCUACCAAUCACAGAAGACAUUCAUCGUGAUUGGUAAAGGUAACAUAAUCUACCGUUUUAACGCCGAGCCAGCCUGUUACCUUCUGAGUCCGUUCAGUCAGCUACGGACCAUCGCUAUCAAGAUCCUCAUCCACUCUUUAUUCAGUUUGUUCAUUAUGUUGACGAUCAUCACCAACUGUGCGUUUAUGACUAUGAGUCAUCCUCCAGCGUGGAGCAAAGCCGUUGAGUACAUCUUUACAUUCAUUUACACGUUUGAAGCAACAAUCAAAGUGGUGUCGCGAGGAUUCUGUGUUGGAGGCUUCACCUUCCUCAAAGACCCGUGGAACUGGCUGGACUUUAUGGUCAUCAGCAUGGCAUACCUGACCGAGUUCAUCGAUCUGGGAAAUGUUUCUGUGCUGAGGACGUUCAGAGUCCUUCGAGCUCUGAAGACCAUCACAGUCAUCCCUGGUCUGAAGACAAUUGUCGGAGCUCUGAUCCAAUCAGUGAAGAAGCUAGCUGAUGUCAUGAUUCUGACCGUGUUCUGCCUCUGCGUCUUCGCUUUGAUUGGCCUGCAGCUCUUCAUGGGAAACCUGCGGCAAAAAUGUGUCUUGAUGCCGCCACAGUUGCUUAGCAACCACACGUCUGACAUUGGUCUUAACACCACUUACCAUGGCAAUGACACCCACAGCAACAGGACAGGAAGCGAUGACUUUGAUUACAACGAGUUCAUCAACAACCCAAAGAACUUCUACUUCCUGCCGGGUCAACUCGAUGCUCUGCUAUGUGGGAACAGUUCGGACGCCGGGGUCUGUCCAGAUGGAUACGUCUGUCUGAAAGCAGGGAGAAACCCUAACUACGGCUACACCAGCUACGACUCAUUUGGGUGGGCCUUCCUGGCUCUGUUCAGACUGAUGACCCAGGACUUCUGGGAAAACCUCUUCCAGCUGACGCUGCGAGCAGCAGGUAAAACCUACAUGAUCUUCUUUGUGGUCAUUAUCUUCCUCGGCUCGUUCUACCUCAUUAACCUGAUCCUGGCCGUGGUUGCCAUGGCGUACGCCGAGCAGAACGAGGCCAACAUGGCCGAGGCCAAACAGAAGGAGGAAGAGUACGCUCAGAUCCUGGAGCUGCUGAAGAAGAGACAGGAGGAGCAGGCGGCCUGCAGGGCGGAGGAUUCAUCUGGAGACGCAGUCCAACAUGAGCAAGAACAUACUGCCAUGGAAGAGUUCGCUGAUGACCAGAGGCCGUGCCCUCCGUGUUGGUACGCCUUUGCUGACAUCUUCCUCAAGUGGAACUGCUGCAGCUGUUGGCGGUGGCUCAAAUCGUGGCUCUACACCAUCGUCAUGGACCCGUUUGUGGACCUUGGCAUCACCAUCUGCAUCGUCCUCAACACCGUCUUUAUGGCCAUGGAGCACUAUCCAAUGACCGAGGACUUCCAGGAGCUUCUCAGCAUUGGAAAUCUGGUGUUUACAGUGAUCUUCACAGCUGAGAUGGUCUUCAAACUUCUGGCCAUGGACCCGUAUUACUACUUCCAGGUGGGCUGGAACGUCUUCGACAGCAUCAUUGUCACCAUGAGUCUAGUGGAGCUCGGACUGGCGAACGUCGAGGGGCUGUCGGUGCUGCGCUCCUUCAGACUGAUGCGAGUGUUUAAGCUGGCCAAGUCCUGGCCGACCCUGAACAUGCUGAUCAGGAUCAUUGGGCGGUCUGUGGGGGCUCUGGGGAACCUGACCCUGGUGCUUGCCAUCAUCGUCUUCAUCUUCGCCGUGGUCGGCAUGCAGCUGUUUGGAAAGAACUACAAAGACUGCGUGUGCCGAAUCUCACUUGACUGCACUCUCCCCCGCUGGCACAUGUUCGACUUCUUCCACGCCUUCCUCAUAAUUUUCCGAGUGCUGUGUGGGGAGUGGAUUGAGACCAUGUGGGACUGCAUGGAGGUAUCGGGCCAGACCAUGUGUCUGAUCGUCUUCAUGAUGGUCAUGGUGAUUGGGAACAUGGUGGUCUUGAAUCUGUUCCUGGCGUUGUUGCUGAGCUCAUUUAGUGGAGAUAAUCUUGCAGCUCCAGAAGAAGAAGGAGAAAACAACUUGCAGAUUGCCAUAAACCGGAUCAACAUGGCCGUGGCUUGGACCAAGACCCAGAUCCUCCAACAAGUCUUGACGUUAAGGGGAAAGAAUAAGGACCUGGACCCAGAACACACCGCGGUCCGCGGGGGGGAAGUCGACGGGACAACGAAGGAUUGUUUGGUUUUGACCUCUGGGUCAGAGGUUAAGACCCUCAACUGUAACCAUGGCAAUAGCCUCAAACUUGGCUGCCUGAAGGUCCCCAUCGCUGAGGCCGAGUCGGACUUUGAGACGCCUGACAUCGAUGAAGAAGAAGAAGAGGACGAAGUGGACAAAGACAAUGAAGAAAAACUCUCUAAAGGUGACGGCUCGUCGGUCUGCAGCACUGUCCAGAGAGUUCCAGAAAUCCAGGAGGACGACGGCGAUGAAGAUGAUCCAAACACACCUGUGGACUGCUAUAGUGACGAGUGGUACCGCCGCUGUCCGUUCCUGGACGUGGACACGUCCCAGGGUGGAGGGAAGGUCUGGUCUAACAUCAGGAGAACUUGCUUCUGCGUUGUGGAACACAACUACUUUGAGAGCUUCAUCAUUUUCAUGAUCCUGAUGAGCAGUGGAGCUCUGGCAUUUGAGGACAUCUACCUUGAGCAGCGCCGCGUCAUAAAGACAGUUCUGGAGUACGCAGACCAGGUGUUCACCUACGUGUUCGUUGUGGAGAUGGUUCUGAAGUGGGUCGCCUACGGGUUCAAGACGUACUUCACCAACGCCUGGUGCUGGCUUGACUUCCUCAUCGUAGAUGUGUCUCUGGUGUCACUGACAGCAAACAUCCUGGGGUACUCUGAGCUGGGAGCCAUCAAGUCUCUGAGGACACUGAGAGCUCUGAGGCCCCUGAGGGCCCUGUCUCGCUUUGAGGGAAUGAGGGUGGUGGUGAAUGCGCUGGUAGGGGCCAUCCCAUCCAUCUUCAACGUGUUGCUGGUGUGUCUGAUCUUCUGGCUGAUCUUCAGCAUCAUGGGUGUCAAUCUGUUCGCUGGGAAGUUUUAUCACUGCUUCAACGAGACGUCGGAGGAGCUGUUCCCCCCUGAGAUCGUCAACAACCGGACCGAGUGUCUGGCCCUGGUCCAGGGGAAUGCCGGGGGGGUCCGCUGGAGGAACGUCAAGGUCAACUACGACAACGUGGGGAUGGGCUACCUGGCGCUGCUGCAGGUGGCCACGUUUAAAGGCUGGAUGGACAUCAUGUACGCAGCGGUGGACUCCAGAGACGUGGAGUCACAGCCAAUGUAUGAGGCCAAUCUCUACAUGUACAUUUACUUUGUCAUCUUCAUCAUCUUCGGCUCCUUCUUCACUCUUAACCUCUUCAUCGGAGUCAUCAUCGACAACUUCAACCAGCAGAAAUCAAAGUUGGGAGGAAAAGAUAUCUUCAUGACAGAGGAGCAGAAGAAAUAUUACAACGCAAUGAAGAAGCUCGGCUCCAAGAAACCUCAGAAACCUGUUCCACGACCUGAGAAUAAGUUCCAGGCCCUGGUGUUUGACCUGGUGACAACGCAGGUGUUCGAUAUCUUCAUCAUGGUGUUGAUCUGUCUCAACAUGGUGACGAUGAUGGUGGAAACAGACGAGCAGAGUGAGGAAAAGGUCCUGAUCCUGUACUGGAUCAACCUGGUCUUCAUCGUCAUCUUCACCGGAGAGUGCACGCUUAAGAUGACGGCGCUUCGUCAGCACUACUUCUCCGUGGGCUGGAAUAUCUUCGACUUCGUGGUCGUCAUCCUGUCCAUCGUAGGACUCCUCCUCGCUGACAUCAUAGAGAAGUAUUUUGUCUCGCCCACGCUCUUCCGUGUGAUCCGAUUGGCUCGUAUUGGCCGUGUACUUCGUCUCAUUCGUGGAGCCAAGGGGAUCCGGACACUGCUGUUUGCACUGAUGAUGUCACUUCCUGCGCUCUUCAACAUCGGCCUGCUACUCUUCCUCAUCAUGUUUAUCUUCUCCAUCUUCGGCAUGUCCAACUUCGCCUACGUGCGUAAGGAGGCGAUGAUCGACGACAUGUUCAACUUCGAGACGUUUGGGAACAGCAUGAUCUGUCUGUUCAUGAUCACCACGUCGGCCGGCUGGGACGGGCUGCUGAGCCCCAUCAUGAACACGCCGCCGGACUGCGACCCCGACCUCGAGAACCCGGGCUCCACGGUGCAGGGCAACUGUGGCAGCCCGGGGAUUGGCAUUGUCUUCUUCACCACCUAUAUCAUCAUGUCCUUCCUCGUGGUGGUCAACAUGUACAUCGCCAUCAUCCUGGAGAACUUCAACGUAGCGACGGAGGAGAGCGGCGACCCGCUGUGCGAGGACGACUUCGAGAUGUUUUAUGAAACUUGGGAGAAGUUCGACCCGGAUGCUUCCCAGUUCAUCCAGUACAGUAAACUGUCAGAUUUUUGCGACACCCUGAAGGAUCCUCUGAGGAUUCCCAAACCAAAUACAGUCAGACUGAUCCACAUGGAUCUGCCGCUGGUUCCUGGAGACAAAAUCCACUGUCUGGACAUCCUGCUGGCUCUCACUGCCCAGGUGUUAGGUGAUGCGGGAGGAAUGGAUGCUCUUAAAGCAAGCAUGGAGGAGAAGUUCAUGGCCAACAACCCCUCCAAGGUGUCCUAUGAACCAAUCAGCAGCACUUUGCGGAGGAAACAGGAAGAUGUGGCGGCGUCAGUGAUCCAAAAAGCGUACAGAAAACACCUGCUGCAGCGGACGCUUAAACUGGCAUCCCACAAAUACCGAGCAAAGACGGACGGCCGCGGAGAGGCGCCGCCCGAGACCCAAGGACUGCUCUGCCAGCGAAUCAGCCGCCUGUACGGAGAGGAGCCGCGACCCGGCCCUGUGGAGCUUCAGAGAGAGUUUGUCCUCCACGCUGUUCCUCCUCUCAACGCCACCAACGGCCUCCCAGAUGAGAGCCUGAGGGAGUCAGUCGUCUGAUCACAUGUCCUCCUGUUUUCCUCCGGUGUCGGAGCACGAUCCCAAUUCAGACGGACGGAGAGACGGACCGCAGCAGAGACGACUCCAGUCCUCUGAAGCUGUGUUGGCAGCGUCUGUGUCCCUCACUGGACAUGGACAUAAUCACUGCGGCGUUCUGUCUUCGCUUAGGACAGAGGACGUUAGCACUUACUGAUUCAUUUCAGUUCUUCUACAUUAAGAGUUAAUGACGUAACAAUACAGAAAUAAUACUUUUAUUUAAAAAAAAAAACAUGAAAUAAAGGUUGUAGUCUGUACAUUGACAUAAUGAGACAUUGAUAUAAUAAAU